GGACUCGGGCCAAUUGUACAGGCCGUCAUAUGAGCUAGUAGGCCUGGCGGAAAGCUGAUCUCCCUUCCCGCCUCCAGUUCAGAGGAAAUCCUGCCAGCCGAGGGAGUUAACUGGCACGCGAGCAGCUGUGAGGCCCAGUUUCGUCCUCGUGUGUGCCGCCGACGUUCGAGAAAGACGCCAAGGGACUCAGCGCACCCGCUGGUUGGUGAUCAGCUCUAACAGCAACCCGACAAAGACAGGCGAAGGGACAGACAGACCAAUGGCAAUGGCAGAAGUGUUUCUACCUAAUCUCCACGAGUCGGUCCCUCCACCCCACCACCACCUCCUCCCCACCUCUCCUCCUUUCCCCUCUCCCCCUCCCUCCACCUGUUCCUCCUACCACGAGGACACAGACCACACCCAGGCAAUGCCGCCGGCCCCGCCCCCCAGUCCGCAGGGUCCCAUCAGCGGCGGCCCAGUUUUCGAAAUCGACGCCAGUUACUUUGAGCGACCACGUAAAACAGAGCUUCCACCUUCUCCCACAAAUUCCCUCGAUUUCUCCGCCAUGUUCACUCCUAAUAAGAGCCCACUGGAGUCAGAGCCUCAUUCCCCUGUCCAGCCGUCGCCUGGUGACCCUCUAGACUCCGCCUAUGGCUCCACCCAUGCCUCAACAUCGUCACGGCGCUCUAAUUUAGGGUCUUCGUCCCAAAGCAUUCCCAUCUCACCAAACUCUGUCACCAGUGCAGGGGGUCUGGGGCUCUUCUACUCCUAUUCUGACGACACCACGUUCCGGAACGGUCUGCGGUCACAGACUGCUCUAGCACAGCACCCGGACACACACGACGGGUCUCACCUCUCGGCGGAGUCUGCAAGCCCCGCCCCUCGUCCCCGCUCCAACACCCACCCUUCACACACCCUCACACCUCACACCUCACUCCUUCACGAGCAGCACCGGCGACAGGAGAUGCUGCGGGCCUUCCACCCCCACCUACCUCUCAGUUUCGACACCACACAGCUCCCCCAGGUCUCCGGCAUGGCAGGCGGUAUCCUCGACUCCGGCUACCACGAGGCACUCAUACCAGAGCUCCCCAUCCGACGAAACAAGAGAAAAAGCUACGAGUUGGGCUACGAGGGCGAUUCUAUGGACCUGUUCUCGUGCGAGAGUUUCUCUGAAAGUGGUUGCAGUGGGUCUGAGUCAGAGUGGGGCAGCAAGAAGGCCUGUCAGGAGGGGAAGAACCCUGUAAUCAGGCGACAGAGCUCUAGUUUCAGUGGAGGGUUCACGUAUUCCAACACCCUCAAUGCAGGGAGGGAAAGCCUUGGUUGUAACAUCUCUGCUCCCUCGACACCGGGACACUCAACCACUCCACUACUGCAGCAGGCUUUUGGUGGUUCUCUCCACCAUAGCUAUGAGCACGCUCCCUCCCUCUCUCCCCCCGUGUUCACCUCCCCCCAACACACACCGUUCAUCAUUGCAACCUCAGUAGACGUACCCACUAGCCUCCAGAGUAUGGAAGUCGGUGAAGAAAUGGAGAGCCUCGAAUCCGUCAUGGAUACCGCCACUGGCGAACCCUGCGUCGAGAUGGACUCUCUCAGUACCCAACUACGAGGAAGCCAUUUGGAGUACGUCACCCACGGCAACCAGGCCCCGCCCAUUCACACACAUCUCACGCUCGCGCCGCCCCAGAUAGCUGGCGGUUCACACAGAAGCCACAGUUCAGGAGAUACCUAUGAUUUCGGACUCAACCCCCAACUGGCUCAGGGCGGUGACUUUUACUUCAGUUAUCACGAGAGUGGUCAGAACACUGCUUUGAACGAUGCUGCAUGCUCAGCAGAAAGUAGGUUUCUCCUUUCAAAAUCUUUAUGAUGUCAUUAUUUCUCUCCCAUCCACCCUAGUUCCUAUAUACUGACACAGUGUGUUUUAACUCGAGUUCGUUUCUUUACUUUGCAUUUCGGUUUGUGUUUUUAUUUUAUUUUUUUCAUGUCGUUUAGAGCUUAUUCUUUUGUGCACAAAGAAUGAAAUAUCACAUGUGAUAAUAAUGACAUGUUGGAGUCUCAGUAAUGCUUUGAAGUAUAGGUCUUCAAGUAAAUGUUGCACAAUCACUCUCGGAUGCCAUUCCAGAGUGAUGUCAUGUGACCUGUAAGUGAGGUCAUGUGACCUGUUGAGACUCGCACCAGUCUUCAAAGACGCAAGUUCAAAGGACACACUACAACAGGGUUCUUUGCCA